AGUUUUUGGAGGGAAACUGCAUUUUAGGAAAGUCGUGGCCAGUUGUAAUUUGAGCAGUGCGCUGGCACGACGUGGUGACCAAUUAAGUAAAUAAGAAUAUUAGUGACUAACAGCAAGACGUGCCCAUUUGUGAAACAAGCCAAAAGGGUGCUGAUAAACUAUUAAGCCAGCUGCAAUUGCAAUUAGGAAUAAUAACACAUUAAAAAAUGGCCCAGCCAUCGGUAGCUGCAUUCUUUACCAAUCGUAAGCGCGCCGCGUUGGAUGAUGCUACCACCAUUAAGAAUCGGCGUUUGGCGGAACCCGUCGAAAAUGCCGCCCCCACCACUUCACAACUGCCGUCCAGCGGAGACCAGGAUGCGGACUUGGACAUCCUGAAGGCGGCGGCCAGCGGUAUGCGCACCCGAUCCGGCCGCACUACCCGCCUGAUUGUCACCGCCAACCAGGAAUCCAAAAGUAAGAAGACACCAGCUACCGGGAAGGCAGAGGCCCACAUCAAGCAGCCUAAGCUGGUGCAGUUCAUUAAGAAGGGCACUCUGUCGCCCAGAAAACAGGCACAGUCCAGCAAGCUGGACGAGGAGGAGCUGCAGCAGUCGUCGGCAAUCAGCGAGCAGACCCCCAAGGUGAACUUCACCAUCACCAGACAACAGAAUGCGGACAACGUGCAGCGCGGCCUUCGCACGCCCACUAAGCAGAUCCUCAAGGACGCCUCGCCCAUCAAGGCCAGCGGGGUGGAGCUGCGCCGCCAGCUUACCUUCGAUGAGGUCAAGAACAAGGUGUCGCGCAGUGCCAAGCUGCAGGAACUCAAGGCAGUGCUCGCCAGGAAGGCGGCCCUCGAGCAGAAGCGCAAGGAGCAGGAGGAGCGCAACCGGAAGCUCCGAGAGGCUGGCCCCUCCCCCUCGAAGUCCAAGAUGAGCGUGCAGCUCAAGGAGUUCGACACCAUCGAACUGGAGGUGCUCACAAGCCCUCUGAAGACCUUCAAGACGCCCACGAAAUUACCGCCUCCCACCCCAGACAAACAUGAGCUCAUGUCGCCGCGCCACACGGACGUGUCCAAGCGUCUGCUCUUCAGUCCGGCCAAGAAUGGAUCGCCCGUCAAACUGGUGGAGGUGCCUGCCUACAAGCGCUAUGCCUCGUUGGUUGAAGGAUCCCGCGCCGGACAACUGCCCUUGCCGUACAAAUACCGCCACUUGUUGGAUGUUUUCAAGGGUCUCGACUCCGUGGUCGCCAUGUUCCACAAUCGCAAGGAGACCAUCACGUUCAAGAAGCUGAAACCGGCGGUGCAGCGUAUGCUGCGCAAGAACUUUACGGAGACCCACUUGGCCCAGAUCAGACACGUCUAUCCGGAGGCCUUUAUCUUCAGCCAGAUGAAGACGCGCAACUUUGGUUCCGUGUCAAAGGCGGACUACUUCCAGCUGGUCAUCAGUCCCAACGUGGAGCCGCUGCCCGAUCAGCAGCCUUCGGAGAAACCCCAGCGCCAGGGCAAGAUCGACGAGGACGAUGUGCUCGCGUCGGCACAGUCGACGUCCAUGAAUCCACACGUCAUGACUGCACGGAUGCAACGCUUCCAGAGCCUCCUGCUCGAACGGGCGAUGCGGGCUCACGAUCAGUUCCUGCGCUCGCAGGAUCCGCCAAUCAUCAUCGAGAAGGCGCUGACCCGCUGGCACCCGCAGUUCGAUCUGGAGAGCUGCCCGGAGGUGGAGCUGGCCCCGCUGCCCCAGCCACCGAACGUGGAGAAGUACUCCUCGGCCAAGGACAUUCUGUCCACCGCCCGCAAUCUCUUCAACUGCGCCACGCCCAUGGAAAGGGCCAUGGAUCGCUAUGAGGCCAAGUUGGAGGCUGACAAGCAGGCGGCAGAGAGCAAUAAGAAGGCGAUGGAGCAGCCGCCAGGAGAGAAGGCCAAGACAAGUAUGGGAACGCAGGCCAGUCAGGAGGUGCCCGGAGUAUCAGGACCAAGGCAAUCUGAAGCCACUGACCAAACAGCCACUGCCAAACCCACGGUGAAGGAAUGCCCUGUCCCAGAUGCCAGCUCAAAUCUGCUGAAGGGUCUGCCCAAGUCGCUCAUCGAAAAGAUCCGAGCCAAACAGGCGGCCAAGGCUCUGGAGGCCAUGACCCGGCGACCGUCACAGGAUCAAGAGGCCACCAACUACUCCCGCUUGCCGGAACUAGCCAGGCACCUGCGCAACGUCUUCGUCACCGAGCGCAAAGGAGUGCUCACCCUGGAAGUGGUCAUCAAAAAGAUCCAGAACAGCUUCCGGGCCAACCUGACGCCGCAGGAGAUCGAGGCACACCUGAAGCUCCUGGCAAAGGAGGUGCCCAGCUGGGCAUCCUUCCACGAGGUGCGCAAGACCAUGUACCUCAAGGUGGCCAAGGACAUGGACAUGAACAAGAUCAUCGAGCAGCUGGAGGGCGUGGCGAACGCGAAGAGCAAUUGAAGCACCGGAUACCCGGAAAAGGAACCAGGACGCGGGACCCCGUCGAGCAAUGACCCUGUGGAUAAAUCCAGCUAUACCUUUAAGUACUUGUUAAACUAGCUAGCCAAUACUUCACUAAGCAAUGAGAUUAGGCUAAGCUCCCUUCUGACAUUUCCACAUCGAACAAGCUCAUUGACAACCAAGAUUUGAUUCAUCACAUUUACCCAAGCAUUUAUUAUAACAAAACUUUUUGGACCAUGCGUUUAUACAUUUAUAUUUAAUAGUUUUAAGAUAAUUUUUCAUGUUGUACCACGUUGAAUAAAUAAACAUUUUUGCUGGAAAAUAA